AUGGCUAUCCCAGACAUUGUCAGCAUGAGCAACGGAAAUCACCGCGAUAUAAAAGUGGAAGAUGAAGAUAAUCAACCCUUGGCGGACAAGUUCAGGGCUAAACGCCACUAUUCAGAUUCAAGUGAUGAGGAUGACAUCCCCCUGUCACAAAAAAUGGAGACAGUUAAGAAGAGACUAUCUGCGACUCACUCACCGCAACUACCGGAAAAACGCCGGAAGUACGAAAAUAAUGAUGUCAAAUAUAAACUCCAGUCCCAAGAAGGCUUUCAAAAAGCGAAGAUCAACGUUAAAUCGGAGCCAUCCACUCCUCAAAAGAAACCCAAAAACGAAGAGGCAGAGCACGUAUGGAAAUGGUGGGAAGAGGAGAAAAAAGACGAUCGCGUUAAGUGGACCUUCCUAGAACACAAGGGACCCAUGUUUGCACCUCCAUAUGAGCCACUCCCUCCCAGCGUUCGUUUUUCUUACGACGGUGUCCAAAUGCGUCUAUCUCCCGAGGCGGAGGAGGUGGCUGGGUUUUACGCACGAAUGCUUGACCAUGAUUACACUAGUAAGGAGAUAUUCAACACCAACUUUUUCCGCGAUUGGCAGAAGACAAUGACUGAAGAGGAAAGGAGAGUAAUAAGGCGGCUUGACAAAUGUGACUUCAGACCUAUGUUUGAAUACUUCAAGGAAAAAACCGAAGAACGAAAGAAUAUGCCUAAGGAAGAAAAACAAAAAAUAAAACAGGCUAACCAGGCUAUUGCAGACGAAUAUGGAUUCUGCACAUUAGAUGGACACAAACAGAGGAUUGCAAACUUUAAAAUAGAACCCCCGGGCCUAUUUCGCGGACGUGGGGAUCAUCCAAAGAUGGGCAUGCUUAAAAAGCGAAUUAUGCCAGAGGAUAUUAUUAUUAAUUGUUCGAAAGACUCCAGAAUUCCCCCUCCUCCACCUGGUCAUAGGUGGAAGGAAGUGCGCCACGAUAAUACUGUUACAUGGCUGGCCUGUUGGAUAGAGAACAUACAAAGUAAUUUUAAGUACAUAAUGUUGAACGCGUCUUCCAGACUGAAGGGAGAGAAAGACUGGAAAAAGUAUGAAACUGCGCGCAAGUUACACAAAUUUGUGGACAAAAUCCGUGCGGAUUAUCGGACUGAUUUCAAAAGCAAGGAAAUGCGUAUCCGACAGAGGGCAGUAGCCCUAUAUUUCAUUGAUAAGCUUGCUCUGCGUGCGGGUAACGAAAAAGAUGAAGAUGAAGCAGAUACCGUGGGCUGCUGUUCUCUAAGGUGUGAGCAUGUCACCCUACACGAAGAGCUUGAUGGAAAACCCUUUGUUGUUGAAUUUGAUUUUCUUGGAAAGGAUUCCAUCCGGUAUCAGAAUUCCGUUCCUGUCCCGAAACGAGUCUUCAAAAAUCUGAAAUUAUUUAUGAAAAACAAGCAAGGGAGCGAUGACCUCUUUGACCGUCUAAAUACUUCGAUUCUGAACCAAUAUCUCCGAGAGCUCAUGGACGGUCUCACUGCGAAGGUUUUUCGUACGUACAAUGCUAGUAGAACGUUGGAAGAACAGCUAGCAUUAUUGACAAAUCCAGAUGACUCCGUAGCUGCGAAGCUCUUGUCUUACAAUCGUGCCAAUAGAGCUGUUGCCGUCCUUUGUAACCAUCAGCGUGCAGUCCCGAAGACGUUCGCAAAAUCCAUGGAAAAUCUUCAAAAAAAGAUUGAUGCCAAGAAGGAGCAGAUUAGCCAAGUGACUCGUGAAGCAAAGCAGAUAAAAGCCGACUGGAAACAUUCCCAUCACGCGUCUCAAAAAGUGCAAUACGAGAAAUUAAAAAAACGAUUGGCCACCUUAAAAGAACAGCUUGUCAAGCUCCAGGUGCAGGCUACAGAUCGUGACGAAAAUAAGGACAUUGCCCUCUCAACCAGUAAAUUAAAUUACCUUGAUCCCCGCAUUACUAUUGCUUGGUGCAGAAAACUCAAUAUCCCAAUAGAAAAAGUGUAUAACAAGACACAACGGGAGAAAUUUCAAUGGGCCAUUCAGAUGACCACGGAGGACUUCCAAUUCUUGGAUGUCGCGUCAGACAAAAACAAGGGGCCACCGAAGAAUGAGGAGAGUGAUGAGGACGUUGAGGCUGAUGGAGAUAACGAUUAUUGA